GGGGUAGACGUGUGCAGAAGUCCUGCUAGUCUGGUCCUCGUUCCCGUCUGGGUACUACCUUCCUUGAGCAGUGCAGGCGGCUGUGCCGGAGGCCAGUGGAAGGGAAAGGAAUCAACUUGCCUGAAUUUUGCAGGCAAGUCCGUCUCUCCACCCCCAGGUCCUCCAGGUCUACAGGAAAUGAUGACCCUUGGCAAAGGGACUAGAGUUCCCGGGAGAAGGACAAGGAGACCUGUGACAGUUUAAAAAUAAUCAUUCUCUGCCAUCUCAGGCCACUUUCUGACACCCAUCCUUCCCCAAACCCGGCCACAGCCUUAAAGAUAGUUUGGAAAUAAUUUGCUUUUCCCAAUCCCUGUCUGAUGGAAAAGAUGGUCUAACUUGCACUGUGGAGAGAGGGAGAACUGGGGAAACAAAAGAUCUGUUGUUCUUAGCACGAUCCAAGGCCAGGAAAAGAGGACGACGAAACUAACCGGAUCGGUACCCGAUGUAAUUGCAUUUAAAGAGGAAUAAGCAGGAAAAAAAAAAAAGAAAAGAAAAGAAAAAGAAGAAUAGAAGGAAGGAAGGGAGACAGAUACAAGAUGAAACCCUGUCAAAAAAUUGAAGAAAAACCAGAAAAUGAAAGCGAACCAAAGCUUGAGGAAGAGCCAAAGCCUGAGGAAAAGCCAGAGAAGGAGGAAGAACCAGAGGAGGAGGAAAAAGCAAAAGGAACUUUUAGAGAAAUGUUGAUCCAGUCCCUCCAGGAAUUUAAAGAAGAUAUACACAACAGGCAUUUAAGCAAUGAAGAUAUGUUUAGAGAAGUGGAUGAAACAGAUGAGAUAAGAAGAGUAAGAAACAAACUCAUAGUGAUGCGUUGGAAGGUUAAUCGAAACCACCCUUACCCCUAUUUAAUGUAGUAUGCCUUGAUUUUUAUUUUAUCUAAUAUUAACAUUGCCAUAUAACUUUCUUUUUAUUAGCACUUGUUUGAUAUACCUUUGUCCAUCUUUUGACUUUUAACCUGUUUCUGUUAGUGGUUUUAUAUGCAUAUCUUCUUAUCUGCACCUCAUUGUUUAUCGUUUUUUGAACUGAUCUACAAGUCUCUUUCUUUUAAUAGGAGAGAUUUACUCAUUUGCAAAAAGAGGUUCCUGAUAGGAUAUAAAAUGGAAAAAGGUCACUAAGUAAUAUGUGAAUAUCAUGUUUUUGAAAGGUAAGAGUACAUUUGUAUAUUACAUAUAUGCACAUCAAAACUUGUGAAGGCUGAAAGACAAAAGCUACAGUUCCUCAGUGGUGGAACUAUAAUCUUUUUCUUCUGCUUGUUUGUAUUUUCUAUAUUCCUAAAGUGAACACACAUUAUUGUUGCUAAAAAUAAUAAAAGCUUUAUGACAAGAAAAGAAGCAA